GGAAAUACAAGCUAUUCAAUCUCUUCUUGUCUUUUAUCUCUCUCUCUCUCUGUGGAGCUUCCUUCUGUAAUUUCACUACCAUCCACACCAUCUUCUCUUUCUUCUCCUCUAUGAUCCCUUUACUGACAAAACUAGAGCUUUAGUAUAUCACGGAACAAUUACGGUGGCAGCACAGCACAAUACAACACAAUUACAGUAAUAGCAACAUUUCGUGAAUAUUAACAUUUCUUUGAUGGGCUCUAACCAGUUUCUUCAAUGGCAACUUACCCUCUCAGCUUCUUCAGCUCUCCCUCGCCUUUUCUUUUGAUCCUAUAUCGCCGACCCAUUACUCGUUUUCACCUUCUUCUCAUCUUUCUUCACUCUCUUUUAUAGCCCACUUCUUUUUUCCUUUUUCUUUCGUCUAUAGCUUCGUUGUUGAUAGAGUUCGUGUUUGCUUUGAGAGGCUGAUGAUGCCAUCGGUGUUUAUUCACCAUGUGGUGGGGGAUCUGACGGUGGGGAAGCCGGAGAUGGCGGAGUUCUAUGAGACGGAGACGUUGGAGGCGGCGAUAAAGGCGAUUGGGGAGUCGACGGAGUGUGGAAUUCCGGUGUGGAAGAAGAGAUCAAUGGUGGGAAUUGAGAAUAAUGAGAUGAGGCAGCAGAGGUUUGUGGGAAUUCUUAAUUCUUUUGAUAUUGUUUCGUUUUUGGCUAGAGCAGAGUCCUUAGAGGAUCAAGAUACGGCAAUGAAGACUCCGGUUUCUGAGGUGGUUGUUCCUAAUACUUCUCUAUUGAGACAAGUUGAUCCAGGAACAAGAUUAAUAGACGCGCUUGAGAUGAUGAAGAAUGGUGUGAGAUGUCUUCUUGUUCGAAAGAGUGUUGUAUGGAAAGGCAUGAGUAAGAGGUUCUCAAUUCUUUAUAAUGGUAAUUGGCUUAAGAACAUUGAUCCAUCUUACAGCAGUGGCAACAACCUGAUUGCAAAUGCUAAUCGCCCUGCCUCAUCAUCCACUUCCUCUUCCCAUGGCAAGUUUUGUUGUCUUUCUAGAGAAGAUGUGAUUCGAUUUGUAAUUGGUUGUCUUGGUGCUCUCGCCCCUCUUCCUCUCUCAUCUAUCUCUCUACUUGGAGCCAUCAACCCACACUACAGCUCCAUUGAAAGCUCCCUCCCAGCCAUUGAGGUUACUAAUAAGCCACCUGAAGGCCUCAGUGCAAUUGCAGUUGUGGAGCCCACCCAAGAUGGUCAGUACAAAAUUAUAGGAGAGAUUUCAGCUUCAAAAUUAUGGAAAUGUGACUAUUUAGCUGCAGCGAGGGCUUUAGCCAAUCUUUCUGCUGGACAGUUUGUUAUGGGGGUAGAGGAUAACAUGACCCCAAGAUCCCUCCCCGAUUACCUGGUUAAUUCACCAGUAGGAGAAAAUAAUACAGCCAAUGGGGUUAGUUCUCCAAGACCAGGCAAGUUCAGUAGCAGAAGCAUUGGGUUUAAACCUUCUAGUCCAAGCGUCCGUUUUAGCAGGACCUUGAGCUCUGGUAUCAGCAGGAGCAUGUUCAGGGGCAGAAGUGCUCCAUUGACAUGCAAAAUUACAAGUUCAUUAGCUGCAGUCAUGGCUCAGAUGCUGUCUCAUAGAGCAACUCAUGUAUGGGUCACAGAAGAUGAAAGUGAUGAUGUUUUAGUUGGCAUUGUUGGAUAUGCCAACAUCUUGGACGCUGUCACAAAACAACCUGCUGCAUUGAAUCUGGGAAAUUGAUCUUACGUAGGGUUUGCAACUGAAACUCAAUCUUGAAUCAUUCAAUUUUUAUUCAUCAGUUUAGCCUAUUUGCAACUUCAUGCCUUUUAAGUAUAGAGGAGAUUUGGGUUGUGGGAUUUAUACUUGUUAAUAACUUGAUAACAAUGUAUGGACCAAUUAUAAAGAAAUUUGUGUGCUCUCUGUAUUUAUCUGUAAA